AUGGAUCAUAUCACCAGCUUGGCUGAUCUAUCUGAUGAACAAAUUAGUCAAAUAAAUGAUCAGAAUGUUAACUUAAAAAAGACUUUCUACAGAGGACAGCUAAUAAGUGCAUGCGAAUUAGAACGUCUCCGAUCCAAUCGUGGCGGUCUUAUCUCUAUGAAUACAUUUAUGUCAACAACAGAAAGAAUGGAAGUAGCUUUAAUUUAUGCCGGUGAUGGGUCUCGGAGGCCGACGCUAGAAUCUUGCUUAUUUGAAAUCGAAAUUGAUCCAUUAAUAAAUUUAAAGAAUCUUGUAUUCGCCAAUAUCGCGUAUUGUUCACAAUUUCCAGAAGAAAAGGAAUUCUUGUUUUCACUUGGGACAUCAUUUCGUAUAGAAUCAGUACAAGAGCAGAACAAAGUUUGGCACGUAAAAUUAACAGCGGAUACAAUAAAAAAUACACUUGCAAAAGACGUCUGUGAUCAUAUUUUUGAUUGUAUAGCCCAAGGAAGUGCUCCAUUACUAGCACUAUCUAAUGUAGUACGCGUUAUUGGUCCUUCCAAAGAAGCUUUACGUUAUUUAAAACUAGCAGAACGUGAAUAUGUAAUGGAUAGUGUGGAACUCUACACUAUCUAUCAUCAUCUAGUGGAGAUAUAUAUUGAGAACGGAGAUCACGAAAAUGCGAUUAAAUAUUUACACAAGCAGAGAAUUGAAUUAGAAAAAACUGCACCACUAAAUUAUGCAGCUUCUGGGUUAUUGUACUUAAACGAAGGAAUAUUAUUUAAGAAGUAUGGUUUAUUCAGCCAAGCGGAGUUUAGUUUCCAUCAAGCAUUAAAAACAAUUGCUUUAUCCGAAGACGCUAAUGAGAUCUUUUUAGAUAUGGUAUACGAACAAUUUGGUUACAUUUAUUUACUAAUGGAUGACACAGACAGCGCACUAUUUUAUUUUAAGAAACCACUUGACAAGCAUUUGAGAACAUCAGUACUCGACCCUUUAUACGCUGCUAAAUGGUAUAUUCACAUUGGUCAUGUCUUUUUGGCACUCAAAGAUUACUCUUCAACCUUGGAAUACUUUUUAAUGGCUGAUGAAAUCAAUCAACAAGCUUUACCACCGGAUUAUCAUAUUAACAUAUAUAUGUCUUAUAUAAUCGGCCAUAUGUACGUUCAAAACGAUGAUCAUGAGAUGGCGUUGAAAUAUUAUACUAGAUAUAAUAACAUGCAGCAUCAUGAUUCUUCUUCUGUUAAAGAUUUGUCAUUAGCCAUGCUAAACACCUCUGUGGCUAUUCAGCGAUGUCAGCAAUCCGAAUGGGCAAUCUCUAUGGAACAUUUGGAAAAAGCAGUCGCAGUACAAAAGGUGUUAGCACCAUUCUGUACUUCCACAGCAAUAACUUACAAAUUAAUGGGAGACGUUUAUCGAAACUUCAAAAAUGAUCAUGCUACAGCUUUACUUUAUCAUAGAAAAAGCCUAGAUAUUCUUAAUAAACUAGACUAUAGAGUUGUCAAUCCAAUGUUAUCCAGUCCUAUUCGACAGAACGUUGUUCAAGAUUAUUGGGAGUUAAAAGAAUACAAAAAGGUAAUUGAAAUGUUUCGCAAAAAUGAUGAUCACUUUUUAGCUAGCCUGAAAACACUUCUUGAAACCGCAACAACUUCUGACAAUCAGCUGCUGUUUGAUAUUAUGUUCCAUUCAUAUUCGGACAAUAUUUACGUGUCAGAAAAUAAUGAAUUAAGAACAACCAAUCAGGUAGAAGAAAUACUCAAUGCAUCUUUACCAAUUGAUAAUAAAACGCUUUAUAACUUGUAUAUUAAUCUCGGUAAUACGUACAUCGAUGAAAAAAAUUAUGAAAGUGCAUUAACUAGUUUCAGCAAAGCGUUAGAAGUACAACGAAAGGCUUUGCCAUUUGAUCAUCCAUCAUUUAUUCGUACCUACGAUGGAAUCGCUUCAGCAGCAUCUAAAUUAAAAGAUUAUAAGAAAAUGUUAUAUAAUCUUGAGAAAAUUUUACAUAUUUAUCAAAAUGCGUACCCAUUGAACCAUCGCCAAAUUUUUUUAACAUAUCACAAGAUAUUUGCGGCUUACGUUAAACUACUUGAGGCACCAGCCAGUCUGAUUUAUGCUGAAAAGCUUCUUGAUUUAUCAUUAAAGUAUGAUUAUCCAGAGACAAAAUGUAUUCAAAAAUUAGUGCAUAUACUUAGAGCUGAUAGUGAGACAAUUGUCAAUGAAUUAGCGAUGCCGGUGUAUCCUUUAUAUAAUGAACAAGAAUUUGAAUGCUACAGCUCUGAAGACUUGGCUAUGCUUUGUAAUAGUCAACUUUGGCAUGAGUAUAAAACGAAGUCUUGGGGAAUAGACAAUGACGACGUAUGUUAUGUUUUUCAAGCUGACAAUGACCCUUUCUGGUGGAUUAAAGUAACAGGUAUUAUACCAAAUGCUACUAUUACUGAUCUACAUGAUUUAUUAGGCCUUCAUUUUGUUGAAAGACGCAGUGAAUGGCAGCAGUUGUCUAUUACUAGUAAAGUUUUACACCGCUUCAAUUUCAAUGCUGAAAUAUGUUACUUUCAAAACCGUUCUGCAGCAGUAUCAAAGCCGUCACAUGAUAGUUGCGUUUUAAAAUAUCGCCCAAAAUGGGUAGACGAUAAUGAUUUAUUUGUUAGUUACAGAACCAUUGAUAUCCCAAAACUUACAUCAUUUGGAGGGGCUAGGGUGUAUGCCCCCGAUAGCAUUCAACAAACUGUAUUGUAA